CUUUAUAAAGGCAUUAAAGCUGAAGAUAACUUUAUCAGGUUGUAUAAGUGGACGAACAUGUCAAAAAAGAAGGUAUGCGUGAUUGGUGCCGGUGUAGCAGGUCUUGCUGGUAUCAAGAAUUCCUUGGAUGAAGGCAUGGAACCAGUAUGUUUUGAAAAAGACGAUGAAGUUGGCGGGCUUUGGAAUUACAAGGAUGAAUCAAAGGAAGGCGAUCCCAGUAUUUACAACUCGUGUAGCAUUAACACCAGCAAAGAAAUGACAUGUUAUAGCGAUUUUCCAAUUCCAAAAGAAUUUCCAAACUUCAUGGCACACAGACACUUCAAACGAUACUUACAACUUUAUGCUGAACAUUUUAAGCUUAGAAAUUUUAUCAGAUUUAGACACAUGAUUUUGCGCGUAGAACAAGCAGAAGACUUUGAAGAAAGCGGAAGAUGGGUGGUAACAUACAAAAAUCUCGCCACUAAUUCUACAAACAAAGACGUAUUUGACUGUGUAAUGGUUUGUAAUGGACAUCUUCACGAACCGUUCAUACCAACUUUUAAAGGACUUGCAAACUUUACAGGGCGUGUUUUACACACCCAUGACUACAAAGAUUUUCGAAGUUUUGAGGGAAAGAGGGUUCUUGUCAUUGGGAUUGGGAACUCUGCUUCAGAUGUUGCUUCAGAAUUGAGUCGUCAUGCUGAACAUGUUUAUAUGAGCACACGAACUGGUACCUAUGUGAUACAGAGAACAACAGACCAAGGUGUCCCCUUUGACCAUAAAGCGAUGACACGCUAUGGGUUAACAGUACCGUUUUGGUUAAUGAAACCGUUUGCUUUUAAAAGGCUGAAUAGUCGAUUUGACCAUACAAAGUACAGCUUGGCACCAAAUGGUAAAUUUGGUCUUAGUGUUGUCACAAUCAGCGAUGACCUGCCAACCCGUAUACUGUAUGGAACGAUUACUGUAAAACCUAACGUGAAAGAAUUCGCAGCGAAUAGUGUUACUUUUGAAGAUGGAACAACAGCAGACAAUUUAGACGUUAUCAUCUUAGCAACAGGGUUUAAAUUUAGCUUCCCGUUUCUGAAGGACUCCGUUGUAAGAAUAGAGAACCAUUUUCCUUAUCUUCAUGAAUUGGUUUUCCCAGUAGAUCUGAGUAGGCCAACCUUGGCAAUCAUUGGUCUCGUUCAGCCAUUUGGAGCAUUACCGCCAAUUUUAGAGAUGCAGACAAGAUGGGCUGCGCGAGUGUUUUCUGGAAAUUGCAUACUUCCGCCUGCGUCAGUCAUGAAAUCCAUGGCUACUAAAAAGCACGAAUUUAUGAAAAGGCAUUUUCCGGAGUCUCCAAAGUACUGUUUACAGAUUCACGCAGUUACAUACGUCGACAAAAUAGCUGGGUUAAUUGGAUGCAAACCCAAUCUUACGAAAUAUUUCUUCACUGCCCCUCUGUUCUGGUCCAAGCUAUUUUUUGGGCCUGCUGCACCGCCUCAAUGGAGAUUAGACGGACCUGGAAAAUGGGAUGGAGCUCGUCGAGCAAUUGAACAGGUUGACGAAAAGACGUGGUAUCCAUUACAAACUAGAAGAGCAGGGGAAGGAACCACAAAAGGGCUUUAUGACGGAUGGUUUUGGUUGAUAUCCAGAUCUAUACUUUUCUCAAGUGCCAUUUAUGGUCUCUAUUGUCUUAAAACAAACAAAGUCAUAGACAUUGACAGCAUUAGAUCACUCCCUUCGCAAGCGAUCUCUAUACUAACACAAUGGUCGUCAUACUAGUAAAUUAACAUGUCUGAAACAAUACACGCCAUUUUAUUUUCAGUGUUAAAAUCAAAUGAAUGUUAUUGAACAGUUUAAGUCGGCUGGAAUUGCAGUAUACGAAACCUACUAUACAGAUAUUUACUGCAAACAAAAAUGCUGCCAAAAGUUGAAUUUUCUCAUUUGUGUAUACUUAAAAAAAUGAUCAACCUCAUAUUAAAUAUAUUUUUAGAAAAA